AUGGACAUAGGAGAAUAUGAAUUUAUGACUACCAAGGCAGGUCUUACCUGGAUCAAGUGGAUGGAUAAGAAACCAGUUUAUUUUCUAUCCAACUUUCACGAUGCAUCUGAAGUUACUACCGUAAAUCGUAGACAAAAAGAUGGCUCUCUAAAAUGUGUCAAUUGUCCUGUUAUUUCUUCAGAUUAUAAUAAGCACAUGGUUUAUGUAGAUUAUGCUGAUCGACUUAUUUCAGUUUAUAAAAUUGAUCGUAAAUCUAAAAAGUGGUGGUUUAGAAUAUUUUGGCAUUUUCUCAAUCUAACAAUAAGUAAUGCAAAUAUUUUGUACAGAGAAAAACAUAUAAAACCAACGUUGAAUUUAAAAAAAUUUCGAUUAAAUUUAGUAGAACAAAUGGUAGGACAUAAAAUUCCAACUGCCAAAGGUCGAAAGCGCAAAUCUGACCAUUCGGAAGAUUUUCGUUACCAGAAACCACAAGUUUCUUUAGAGAAAAGACGCAAUCAAGCAGCUCAUAUGUCUGUUUCUAUUCAAAGCGCAAAACGAUGUGUUCAUUGCAGUACAAGAAAGGAUCAAAGGAGAACAAAGUGGAAAUGUAUGACUUGCGAUGUACCAUUGUGUCUUUUGCAAGAUAGAAAUUGUUUCCAAAAUUACCACACUUAG